GGCCGCCGUGGGUCCUGGGCCGGUCUGUGAUAGGUCCGGAUCACGUUGCAGCAGAGUCUCCUUCAGCUCGCCCUUCUACCGGUGACGCCUGCUUCGGCCGUGCAGAAACAUCUGAUAAAGUCGCUUUAGUUAACGACUCGCCUCAUCCUCUACUGAUACGAUGGCUGUGCCUCCUUGCUAUGCUGACCUGGGCAAGUCUGCCAAGGACAUCUUCAACAAAGGCUAUGGAUUUGGUUUGGUGAAGCUUGAUGUGAAGACAAAAUCAGCCAGUGGAGUGGAAUUCAAAACAACUGGUUCCUCCAACACUGAUACCAGCAAAGUUGCGGGUAACUUGGAAACCAAGUACAAGAGGGCUGAAUAUGGCCUGACCUUCACUGAGAAGUGGAACACUGACAACACCUUGGGAACAGAAAUCACUGUUGAAGAUCAGAUUGCCAAGGGACUGAAGUUGACUUUUGACACCACCUUCUCACCAAACACUGGCAAGAAGAGUGGCAAAGUUAAGACGGCCUACAAGCGCGAGUACGUUAACGUGGGCUGCGACGUCGACUUUGACUUCGCCGGCCCCACCAUCCACGGCGCUGCCGUCGUCGGCUACGAGGGAUGGCUCGCCGGUUACCAGAUGAGCUUCGACACUGCCAAGUCCAAGAUGACCCAGAACAACUUUGCAAUUGGCUACAAGACGGGAGACUUCCAGUUGCACACCAAUGUCAAUGACGGCGCUGAGUUUGGAGGCUCCAUCUACCAGAAGGUGAGCGACCAACUGGAGACGUCAGUCAACCUGGCCUGGACCGCUGGCAGCAACAGCACACGCUUUGGUAUCGCCGCCAAAUACCAGCUGGACAAGGACGCCUCAGUCAGCGCUAAAGUGAAUAACAAUAGCCUGGUUGGUGUUGGAUACACCCAGACUCUUAGACCAGGUGUGAAACUCACCCUGUCUGGCCUGGUCGAUGGUAAGAACAUCAACUCAGGAGGCCACAAGCUGGGUCUGGGCUUGGAGCUGGAAGCCUAAGCUGUCAACAUGCUGCAAGGGACUCUGGAAUAUCAGAAAAAUCUGGCCUUAAAUGUCCAACUCUAACUAGCAAGGAGAUGUCUUGGAGAGGUUGGUUUAAAGGCUACCACGACAAACUCAACUUGUUAAGUACCUCUUCAAGUUGGUGCUUCUGUCAUUGGUAUAUUUUACCUUUUGUGGCUUUUUACUUUGUAGUUGCAUCUAUUCGGGAGACAGUUCGCGGCAUAUUAUUUAUAAAACAUGUCUUUUUUUCCGUCAAGCAAUGCCAUAAUUAAAUCCAAUAGAAUUCUUUGCCUGUCAUCAACUCUGCGCGGCUUUCUUGUGAUUAUUCCCAAGCGGUCUACAUCAUUUGACUGUUAAGUGUGGUGAGCAUUAUCAUACCUUUCUGAUUUUACCAUCCUUGUCAUCUGAUAUUCCUUUGUCGUCUUCAGUUUUAAUUUCCAAACCGUGUUAAGUACACUAGUGUCUUUAUACCUAAAUAGUGCGGCACCCUUUCUGUUCAUGUUCACAUGGACAAAGUAAAGCUCUGUAACGUUUAAUGCCGGCCGUCAGGGUUUGUGAUCUGUUGAAGCUGCACAUGUGACCUUCCCUUAAACCUGGUCUGAAAGUUUGAAGGAAACUGUACACUUGGCCGACUAUGCAGAAUUACUUAUUUUUUUUCUUCCUCUCUGUAGCAACAGACAGCUAAAGAGUACAUGAGCAAUGUUCACAGUAAUGCCAAAUCAUCGUUGUGUGGAAGAGUUGUAACUAAAAAUUGCACUCCUGGGACGUGCUCUCCUGUACUGGGCAGUGACAAAGCCCUCAGGAAGUCUGGCAGGUCCUUAUGUGUAUGUAUACAUUAUCAAUAAAGUCUUUGAACUCCA